AUGGAACUUUCAGAGCUCGAAAAGAAGAGGCGGAGGGAGCGGAAAGAUUAUCCAUAUCGUCUGGAGUAUCGGACUCGCUGGUCUGACAAUGAUAUGUACGCGCAUAUGAACAAUAGCAUAUACGCUUUCCUGUUUGACUCCAUCAUAAAUACCUAUUUAAUAGAGCGCUGCGGCCUGGAUCCGUUCUCUUCUCGCUCUCGCUCGCCGGAGCCAUCAAACCCGCAAUCGGCUAUAUCAGAGCCAUUGCCAACCUCGCCGCAAAUCGGACUCGUGGUCUCGUCCUAUUGCGAUUUCUUCGCAUCUGUAUCAUUUCCAGAUGUUUUAGAACUCGGGCUACGUGUGACGAAACUGGGAAAGUCUAGCGUGACCUACGAAGUUGGGGUGUUUCGUAAAGGCGAGAAUGCCGUCAAGGUCGUCGGAGGGUUCACGCAUGUUUUCGUCGACAAGGCGACAAUGAAACCUACGACAACUGGGAUGAUUCCGUCUAUUCGGGCUGGGCUUCAGAGGCUGCUCGUGAGUAACGAGCUGGAGUCUAAGCUCUAG